AUGGCCACAGAAGGGAUAAUUUUCUACGAGGGCCGCAACUUCCAGGGCCGCCACUGGGAGUGCAGCAGCGACUGCAUGGACACCUUCAGGCAUUUCACCUGCUGCAACUCCAUGCGUGUCAGUGGCGGUCACUGGGUGGCCUAUGAGAAGCCCCACUACAUGGGAUACCAGUACAUCAUCGGCCCUGGCGAGUACCCUGACUACCACUGCUGGAUGGGCUUCAACAACUGCAUCCGCUCCUGCCAGAUGUACCCCCCUUACAGAGGAUCCUACAGGAUGAGGAUCUACAACAGGCCCGACAUGACUGGACACACAAUGGAGUUUGUGGAUGACUGCCCUAACCUGUACGAGCGCUUCCGCUACCGUGACAUUUACUCCUGCAACAUCUUGGAGGGUUUCUGGAUCUUCUAUGAGCACCCUAACUACAGAGGACGCCAGUAUUUCCUGCGCCCUGGAGAGUACAGGGCCUGUGGUGACUGGGGCUGCCACAACCCCAUGGUGGGCUCCUUCAGGAGGAUGAGGACUGUCAUGUAA